AUUUUGCUACCUAAUCACUCCUUCAGCUGGUCUGGGACUCUGGAGAUUUUAUUGUUAACAGUAUUAUAAUAGUAUAUAGAUUUUAAUAACUUUUUAUUAACUAGUAAUGAACCUAUAAAACUUUAUUACAUGAAUAAAUUAAUCAGUUCUCUUGCGGGCAAGCAAGAAGAAACCAGCAUGUCUCGUGUUCUUGUCCUUUCUCUCCUUUGCUUGCUUUCAUGGCUUUGCACAGCUAAUGGAUUGGAGUAUUUUUACUGCCCUACCGAUCUGAGGCCGAUACCCAAGGAUUAUGUCUGCGAUGGCUACAACGAUUGUCCUAGCGGAUCCGACGAGAGUGACUGUGGAAGUGGACUAAUGUGUGGAUCACACGAGAUGAUGUGCUCUGUUGAUAAUAAAUGCAUUAAUUUAGCAUUUCAAUGCGAUGGUAUAUCUCACUGCAGUGAUGGCUCUGAUGAACAAAACUGCAACAAAGGCUGUGAUUAUCAGUGCAGCAAUACUGGGAAGUGUAUAUCAGCAGUAAUGAGAUGUGAUGGUAGAAAUGACUGCGGUGAUAAUAGUGAUGAAGAAUUGUGUGGUGGUUCGUGUGAUAGUGAGACACAGUGGCAGUGCCCCAAGACAGGUCAAUGUUUAUCACGUAACUGGCUGUGUGACAGAGAAAUUGAUUGUUCAGGUGGAGCUGAUGAAGCCAACUGUGAUGGCACAUAUUCAAACCUUUGUGGUAUUGGUAUGUUCAACUGUAGCUCCGGUAGGUGUAUUGAUGGUAAUGGCUUGUGUGAUGGGUUUAAUGACUGCCCUGAUGGAGAUGAUGAGGAUGAAACUAUUUGCUAUGUAUUAAAUUGUAAAGACAAGUUCUUCACAUGUCCUGAGCAGUGUUUGGAGCGUACUCAUGUUUGUGAUGGAGUGUACGAUUGCAUCGAUAAUCGUGAUGAAAUGAACUGUAACUCGAGAUGUGGCCCAGAUCAGUUCAUGUGUAUAAGUGGAUCCUGCAUUAGAUUAAAUGAAACGUGUAAUGGGAAUGUGGACUGUGCAGAUGGAUCUGAUGAAUUCUUAUGUCCUAAUACCAAGAAAGAGAGAGUUACAUGUGAUACUAAUGAGUUCCCUUGCCUUGAUGGGCUGCAGUGUAUCCCCGACUUCUCUCUCUGUGAUGAUAUUGAGCAGUGUGCCGAUGGAUCCGAUGAAAAUGAAUGUCCUGGAGUUUCUACAAAUACCAAUGAGUGCAAUUCAACUGAUAAUGGAGGCUGUGAUCAUUUCUGUCAUGAUACUGUGCAUUACAGGUACUGCUCUUGUCGUGAUGGUUAUGCUCUUAACAGUACGGACAUGUCAACAUGUUAUGAUAUCAAUGAGUGCCAAGAGAAUCCUCAUAUAUGUACACACUAUUGCACUAAUACUCUUGGGAGCUUUUAUUGUUCCUGUGAUGUUGGUUAUACACACUCUGAAGUAUAUGGCUGCACUGCUAAUGGCCCUCCUCCCUAUCUAUUAUUCACUAACUGGUUUGAUAUUCAAAAGGUUAAUGACACAGUCUCUGGAAGCUAUUCUGACAUAUUGGUACAAGAGUUAAGAAAUGCAGCCAGUCUUGACUAUCAUUACAAAUAUGAGUAUGUAUAUUGGACUGAUAUUGUGAGGAAGGUCAUAAUGAGAGCUCAUUUGAAUGGAAGCGAUAUUAGAGAAAUUGUUAAUUAUGGAAUAUCUAGACCAGAGAGUUUAGCAAUUGAUUGGAUACAUGGCCUAGUCUAUUGGACCGAUAGCGUCUUAAAGAGAAUUGAAGUAUCAAAUCUUAAUGGAGAAAAGAGAGCUAUAAUAUUCUCUGGCUUGCAUUCACCAAGAGACAUAGUAAUAGACCCACUGAACAGGUUAAUGUUUUGGAUAGACAGACAGCAAAUUUUUAAGGCUUCUCUAGACGGGACAGACAAAGCUCUGUUCUUAUCUGCCACGGAUCAUGUGUACUGGCCAGUUAAACUAACCAUAGACUACCCAACAGGGACACUGUAUUGGAUCGAUGUGGCCAGUAAGACUAUUGGUAAAUGCCACACUGAUGGGAGUGGGAGGGAUACACUGUAUAGUGCUAAUAUAAGCAACCCAUCCGGACUAACUGUAUUUGAAAAUAAAGUUUAUUGGACUGAGAGAAGUGAUGGUACCAUUUACUCUGCCAACAAAGGAACCGGAAAACAGUUUGAGACCGUCCUACAAUCGAUAUACAUGCCGACUGACCUCGCAUUGGUCCACCCAUUGAGACAACCAAGAGGAGUCCAAGAUGGCAGCCCUAACCAAUGCAGCAUCAAGAGGUGCCAACACCUCUGUAUUGUUGGUAGCAAUAAUGAGACUGGCUCUUGUUACUGUCCUCCAUCGUCUAGUGUUGAAGAUGAUGGGAUUUCAUGUUCAAGGCCUCAGUUGUUUAUACUGUUCUCUGUAAAUGAGGAGCUACACACUGUCUCUUUGGAAACAGAGGAUCGCUAUGAUCUCCAGAUACCAAUAUACUAUGAUGGUGAUGAUGAUGAUGAUGGCUCCAAAUCGAACAUCAUAUCAACUGAUUGGGACAAUAACACUGUCUAUUAUGCUGACUCUUCUCUAGGAACAAUCAAUUCGCUAUCAUUAUCGGGUGGUACCCCUACUGUACUGGUGGAUAAGGACGUAUCCCUACCAGUUGGGAUAGCCAUUGAUUGGUGCUCAAAGAAAAUAUACUGGACUGAUGGGAUCCUAUCGCACAUAUAUGUGUCAGAGUUGGAUGGUAGCCUAAAAACUGCCGUGAUUACAUUAGAUGAAGGGACCCUGACAGACAUUGUUGUGCAACCCUUGAAAGGAUAUUUGAUUUAUGGAGUCAAAAAUGGCAAACGUUUAUUCAUAAUGAGAGCUAACUUGGAUGGAAGUGAUAAUGAUAUACUGUACGAGUCAGGAGUGACCCCAGACCAGAUAUACGGUUCACCAGACUCACUGACAGUUGAUGGCGACCGGGUCUACUGGGUGGACUCUAAGAACUUAAGACUUGAAUCAAUUCUUUUAAAUAAAAGCGAUCAUGAGAUUUUAUAUGACAACUUUGGACUCCUCUCAUCCACAAGUGGGCUGGACCAUUAUGGUAAUAAGUUGUAUUGGACGGAAAAGAUUGGAGAUGCUAUAAGAUGGGUAGAGAAGGAGCCUCCAUACACUCAUGGAGUGUUCCUUGCCAACAAAGAGCAACUGAGAAGCAUCUCCAUUUAUCAUAAUAACAGGAGAAUACCUGAUACCCAUCCUUGUUUGAUUGCUAAUGGUGGUUGCAGUCACAUGUGUGUGGGGAUCAGUUCAGCUGGUGAGGAUCUCAUUGCUUCUUGUUUAUGUCCAACUGGUUACCUGUUACAACAAGAUAAAAAGAACUGUGCAGAAUCUAUAGACGAUUACAUUGUUAUAGCAAGUGAAGGAAGCCUCGGACGAAUCUCAUUGGAUACUCAAUCCGGCGUGUACGUGACCACACCCACUCCAUCAUACCAACCCAUCAACCCUCACUCAAUAGCAGUUGAUAUACAAACUAACGAUACUUACUGGGUCGACGGGAGCAACAUUUACAAGAACAGCGGUGGUGUCAUCAAAGUCAUCAUUUCCUCCAUUAGCGAGCGUCCAACAGCCCUCGCCAUUGAUUGGAUUGGUCGCAUGCUCUACUGGGCAGAAGCUAAUACAAGAAGGAUCGAAGUGUCCACGUUAGACGGGCUCCAGAGAAAAGUAUUACUGAGUGGAUCUAUAGUGAGUGAAGUCUCGUCUAUAGUUCUUGAUAUGAAGCACCAGUACAUGUUCUGGGCAAUGCCCAUGGCUUCACUUGAGAAUGUCUAUCGUGCCAAUAUGGAUGGUACGGCUCCAACACCCAUCAUCCGUUCGACCGAUGUCACUCAACCGUCGUCCAUAGCUAUAGACGAUGAUAGCAAACUUUAUGUGGCUGACGUUAUAGCGGAUAGAAUAUACUCUUUUAAUCUUGAUGGCAGUCAUAAGAGAGAGCUUGGCAGGAUGGUCACCGAUCCAAAGUCUAUUGUUGUGGAUGAUGACUAUUUGUACUGGAUGAAUAGAGAUUCUGGUGUAUUGUAUAGAGUGGAUAAGCAUGCGACAGUUAAUAAUUUUGUCUCUUUCACCGUUGCACGUAAUAUUGAGGGCUUUAACAGCAUGGCUAUCAAGAGAAAGAGUGCCUACGAUCGCAGAGGUGCUUAUGAUCACCACUGUGCAGAGAAGAAAUGUGAAAACAUUUGUUUGCCUAAGUCAGGAGGUUAUCAGUGUGCGUGCCCCACUGGUAUUGUACCUGUUGGAUCAUACUGCCCUAAUGUCCCUUCAGUGUACUUACUGUUAUCAACUACCUCAACAAUCAGACGUAUUUCACUGGACACUAACGACUUUGUGGAUGUCAGUCUAAUGGAAAACAAGACUCAUCGUAUUCAUGACAUUGCUCAUUAUAACAGUAGACUCUACUGGAGUGAAUCCACCAAUGGAGUAGUGUACAUGUCUGAUGCUAAUGGAACUAAUGUUAGGAUUUACAACAGAAGAGGAGAUGGGGGAGAUAUAAGCUUGGAUAAGAGUACCGGGAACCUGUAUUAUAUUAAUAAUAAUAAUAUUGAAGUAUCCAAUAUAAAGCAUCAUAAGGUGCUGGUGAGCAGUGAAGGGGAUUAUGUCAUAUCAAGCAUUACUGUUGAUUCUAUGAGAAGGAAGUUGUAUUGGGUUGCUAGUGAUGAUACUGGCCUAAACUAUAUCAUGCAAUCUGAUGUUAAUGGCUCAAUGGUCUCCACUUUAUUCAGCAAUGAGAGCUAUCAUCCAGUGAAACUACACCUCAGUAAUCAGGGCCUCUAUUGGAUCGACACUGAGACCAUUCAAAUGCUCUCACUGAUUGAUCCAGAUGUACAUCCAGUGACAGUACUGGAUCAUGGCUCCACUGAUAUUGCAGUUCAUAAUAAUCUGCUGUUUACCAUUAAUGAUGGGCAGGUACUGCAGACUGAUGUUAAGACUGGGAGGAGUAUCACAGUGUAUACUAAUAGAGGGUCUGGAAAUGCUAUCAACCUCCACAUUGUCAAUUCUUCUUAUGUACAAAGUCAUAGUUCUUGUACUGGUAGUGAUUGUGAUCACAUGUGUCUAUCAUUAUCAUCAAGAUAUUAUCAAUGUGUCUGUCCUGAUUCGCUCAAUGGCACUGCAUGCACUGAAGAAAUACAUUUUAUACCUGAUGCAACAUCCAGUAGUGCUGUUCCUUCAUCAACCAUGACUUCUAUUCACAGCUCUAGCCCAGUCUCUUCAGCUACUCCAACUUAUCAAGGGCCUACGAUCAGCCUAUCGGGCGAUACUUCUGGUGGUUUUACUACUGGAGAAUUGGUUAUUCUUUUGUUAAUUAUUCUACUUUUCAUUGCAGUUGUGAUCACUAUUGUAGUAAUAAUAGUACUAUACUGCAAAUACAAAAGGAUGAGUGAAGUUAAUGGAGUUAGCACAAAAAUAGUAAAGAAUUCUUUUGGUUCCAACAAGUUGAAUAACAUUCCAUCGUCUCUUCCGCCACUCUCCAAUCUUCCAACGAGACAGCUCAACAAUGUCUCUGAGCUAGAUCAAAAGAAAAAAGGAGACAAGAACUGCAACGUUCAACAGAAAGGCGCUGAAAAUGAAGAUUUUCCUAUUAAAAAACCUGCAAAGCCUACCCAGCCACAACCAAGCCAAUCUUUCACUCCUCAGCCAAGAGCUGCUGCACCUCUUCAAGCUACCCAAUCUAUACCGGCCAAGCCUCAAUCUACUUCCUCUCAAACUAUUCCAGCUGCCCAGUCUGCUCCUACAAGACCUACCACUGCUAAACCUGCCAAGCCACGCCCCCCACCACUGCCCCCUAUUACUAAAACCCCGAUAAAAGCAAAGAGAUGCGUUAAAGUCAAGUUCGACAUUGAGGAUGACGAUGAUGCUCCACCUCCAAUCCCACCGAGGUCUACGACUUGUACUCCUACUUCACCUCCGUAUACGACCCCGUCUGCUCCUCUGGUUACCCCUGUCACGUCAUUCCCUGUUCCAAUCUCUCCUCCCCCUGUGGUGGCCACGCCUCCAUUGUCUCCAGGGCAUAUGCUGGUUUCUGCUCAUAAUCCAUUGUACGAUGACUCCAUGGACAAUUGACAUUUUUUGAUGCACUAUAAUAAUUAAAAUGGUUGUGUUUGGUUCAUUGUUAUACUCAUUUUGCAUUUAUUUUUCCUUUAUUUUUGUAUCAUUACUGUAAGUAAUUUUAAUAAUAAUUAUUCUUAGUUUA